AUGGCGCGGCUACAGCAGAGUCCAGGUCUGAUGGCCCCAGCCCGCUCCCAGCUCAUCGAGACAGCCAAAUCUGUUAUCGAUGGCUACAACAAAUUCACGAAUCAAGACAUCCUCGCCCCUCGAAGCCCGACUUGCAUGCACAUCAUCCUGCCCACAUGUGCUGGUAUCCCACCGUGCAAUAACGAACCAUUCACCGUCGUUUUGGAUCAAUUUCUCCCAUUAUUUCUGAAAAUAUUUGUUUUGACGAUCGACGAAGAUGAGAUUGUCGUGGACGAAGCGGCGAGAAAGGUCGUCUUCCAUGCAAAAAGUACGGGCGAGUCCGUGGCAGGUCCAUAUCGGAAUGAAUACGAUGAAUGA